GCGGGGGAGGGGGAGUGCAGGCCGUGCGGGCCCCAGUCGGCAGUCGCCCGGGUUGCCGCAACGCGUGCAGGACUGUGUCGCGAGUGCUGUGCUAUACUCAGAGUGUGUCAGCCGCAGAAGUUGAGGCCGGCAGCAGGUUCUUCAGAGACGGCGUACAAGAGGAGCAGCGGCACCAGCCCCCCGGGGCGACAUUAUGCGCAUGCACAGCAACAGAGGGCGCUAGGCGAUGGCGCUGCGCGGAGCGAGCGGCGGGAGCAGCGCGCGGGCGCGGGGCGAGGAGCGGCGCGCGCUGGACGAGUUCGAGGAGCUCGCGGGGCUGCGCGGGCCGGGCGCGGGCGGCGAGCGGGGCGCGUACGUGCUGGAGCACCUCGCCACCUUCACUGUCACGCGCGAGACCGGCAUCGUGUUCCCCGCAGACGGCAUGCGCAGGCUGCUGCAGCUGGAGAAGACCAACGGAAUAUGGAGCCAGAAGAUGCAACUAUGUUUAGACGGGCAGUGGGUGCUCAUCAUGGAUUACGAGACAGGGUCUAUAAUGGAGCGAUUCCCGGCGGCCUGGGUGCACUCGCCUACAGCUUUCACGUCGCCCGAGCCCACGGAACUGUACAACAAUGUGCUGGCGUUCGUGGUGGGCUCGCCGGGAGGCGCGGGCGGCGCCUCUCCUGAGCCGGGUGCGCCCGGCGGCCCGCGCCGGGAGCUGCACAUCUUUCAGUGUCACGACGUGGGUGCGCAGACGCUCGUCGAGGAGCUUAACGCGCUCAAGGGAGUGAACAGCGGCGGUUCCGACGCGGGCGGGCGCGACUUCGCCAUCGAGCGCGAGCGGGAGAGGGAGCGGGAAAGGGAUACCGACCUUGACCGACCGCGCAGACAGCAAAUGUCGGCACAGUUGGGUCGCGAGCGAAGCUCGGUGGGCGAACGAGACGACGCGUCGUCGACGGGUUCCGAGCGGCUUUACGAGCAGGACAUCGCCAUUCUAAAUCGCUGCUUCGACGACAUCGAGAAGUUCAUCGCGCGGUUACAGCACGCGGCGGCAGCGUCGCGCGAGCUCGAAAGGCGCCGGCGCAGCCGCGGCGGCAAAAGACCCGCCGCCGGCGAGGGCAUGCUGGCCUUGCGCACGCGGCCUCCGCCAGAGCGUGACUUCGUUGACGUGCUGCAGAAAUUUAAGCUGUCCUUCAACUUGCUGGCUAGACUGCGCGCGCACAUCCACGAUCCCAACGCGCCGGAGCUGGUCCACUUCCUUUUCACUCCGCUGGCGCUGAUCGUGGACGCGGCGCAGGACGCGGCCGACGGCCGCCUGCCCACGCGCGUCGUGCAGCCACUCCUGACCCGAGACGCGCUCAACUUGCUCGCCAACUGCGUCACCAGCAAGGAGACCGAACUCUGGCACUCGCUCGGCGACGCUUGGCUCAUUCCCAGAGAGCAGUGGAAGACUACGAUCCCGCCAUAUCAGCCGGUGUUCAUGGACGGCUGGUCGCCAGACUACCAGGUCGACGACCAACCACUGCGCAGAGCGUCUCCUCGUGGUGAGGCAGGCCGCGGGGCGCCCGCGCGGGAGGUGCGGGAGGUGCGGGAGGUGCGGGAGGCGCGGGAGGCGCGGGAGGCGCGCGAGUCCCGCGGCGCCCCCGAGCGCGCCGCUCCGCCGCCCGCCGUCUUUGCCUACGACCGUGACGAGCCCGAUCUGUACGCGGAACAAUACUCCCCGUACGUCAGUAACACACGAGUACUGGCGAGAGAAGACUCGGGCUCGGCAGCGUCCUCGCCGGACCGGGAGCCGCCGUACCGCGACGACGACGCGCUGGGCGAGGCGUGGGCGCGCGGCGUGGCGGCGCGCGGCGGCCGCGUCGUGCGCGUCACGUACCCGCGCACGGCCAACAACGACAAGGAGCUCACCGUCGUGCGCGGCGAGUUCCUCGAGGUGCUGGACGAUUCGCGCAAGUGGUGGAAAGCGCGCAACCGGCGCGGCGUGACGGCGCACGUGCCGCACACGAUCGUAGCGCCCGCGUUCUCGCCGCCCGCCUCGCCCGACGCGCCGCGCAGCGCCAUCUACCCCAACCCCAUCUACACGCACUCCCACUACCAGGAUGGCGGUGGGCGCGGUUCCGGCGGCAGCAGCCCUGACGGUGCAGCGGACAAAGCUGAGCCAACGCCGCUUCCUCCGCCACUACCGCCUCCACCUCCCCCAGCCCCAUCGUCCGCGCCGGUCAAGACUGACACCAUGAAAUCAACGAAGUCAACGGUGUCGACCGGCAGCAGCCUACAGGACGAAUUGCGCGUUGUGCUGCCGCAGAUCCAGCAGCGCCGCAACAAACUGAUCGACAUCAAGAAGACGCCCGACAUCUUCAUACACCAAAAGUCGAACCCCGACGAGGUGGUGGAGUGGCUGGAGGCGAAGGGCUUCUCGAGCAACGCGCAGCGCGCGCUGCGCGUGCCCGGCCACGCGCUGUUCGCGCUGACGCGCGCGCAGCUGGAGGCGGCGCUGGGCGCGGACGAGGGCAAGCGCCUGUACUCGCAGGUGCUGGUGCAGCGCAACGUCUCCGGGUACAAAACUACGUCAGCGUCAGAGCUGCAGAACAUCCUACGCAAGGUACGCGAGAAAGUGGAAGUGUCGUGAGAGCCGCCGCAGCCCCGCUUGUUACCGCAGAUGACGUCUACGAUGAAGACGACUACGCUUCUCACUGCUAGCUACAACCAAUAGACAAAUAACGCCCGAGUGACAAAACAAGUCCAUAAAACAGUUAUAUCAUAUUAAUAUACAGGGCGCCCAGAAUAUCAGAUCAAAGUACCGGCUUUUCUGUAUAAAAUAAAUAACUAUAUCCCAUACACUUUUCGAAAGUAGUUCCUAAAAACAUGGGUCUUUGCUCUGGCCGUGGUUUGAAGUUGACUUUUCUCUGUAAGUUUUGCGUCACUUACACAACGGGUCUUCGACGUAACCAUUGCGUCUAAUAGUUUUAUUAUACUUACGAAUUAUCUAGGCUAUGGCCGUAGUUUGCUGUACAGGGAUUAAGGUCAGAGGGGACUCCUUUUGCCCCAAAUAACUGUUCGCAAGUACUAUAGUACUAUUUUUCAGUGACAGCACGUUUUCAUUUAUUUAAUCAAAAUUCAAAAUGCAGCUAAUGAUAGAUUACAAUAGAAUUAAGCUUCAUUGUCGUUGUAGAAUUUACAAAGAUUUGUAAUUCUGUCCUCGUCAAGGUUGCUUCUAUAACCGUUAAGUUUUUCAUAUAUUUCUAGUUUAAGUGGACAGGUUAUAACGUGUUAUUAUGAAUUAAUUAUAUUUACUUAUCGACUACGACCCGUUUUAUUCAAUCCGAAAUAUUACAUAAUUAUUCAAGGUUUUUAGUAAAAUUAUUGUUAUUAGUAAUUAGCCGAAAAGGACAUCAAAUGGUGUAAUUAAUUAUUAUCAAUAAGAUUAUCUAUACGUUACUUAUUUUACGCAAUCCAAAUACAAAUACAUAGUGAUUUCGUGAAUUAGAAACCAAUCAUAAAAUUUGCAAGACAAACAAUAACAAUGGACAUUUAAUGUUAAGUACUUUUAAUUUAAGUAUUGAUAUAAAUUUAUUUUUUUUGUAUUUUCGUUCCGCUCGAGUCAAUAAGAUUUUUGAAAUAAAAUAA